GUUUCAAGAUCUAUGUCAAAUAGUGCAGUUGUUCCGGAAAUUUUUUAAGAACCGCUAAAAAAAAUUGAUUGAAAUAAAUGUUUUAUGUUUCACGUCCUUGAAUGUAUAGUGUAGUGUGAAUUGUUUUAUGCAAAUUAAUUAAUAAACAAAAAAAAAAAAAAGGAAAAUUUUCUUUUAAAUAAAUUUCUUUAGAAGGAAAAAAGAAGGACGCUUGCGGAAAGCUUGCUUUCGUUUCCCUUGAAAAUGUCACCUGAAAUAGUACCGUGCAAUGUUGAAGAAGAUGCUACUUACACACAUCACCCGGAUGAUGCUGCUUCAGUGCGGAUACGCACCCGUUCUCCGCGAAUUAAUCAACGAAAGUGGCUGCUGGAACUAUCGAUUUUAAAAUUUAAAUAUAUGCUGGUCGUUGUAACCUGCAUAAGCCUCGGUGCUGCUUUAACUGUAUUAAUCAUGCAUAAUAUUCAAAACGACGACGAUUGCGUGAUCACAGACUUUAAAUAUAAAAAUUAUAAAAUUUGCCUUACGGAGAGAUGCGUGCAAACCGCAUUCCAUUUAAUGGAAGGCAUGAAUAUGUCCGUGAAUCCCUGCGAAGAUUUUUAUCAAUACGCUUGUGGUAAUUGGAAGAGACAGAACCGUAUACCUGAAGCUGAUACUUCAACAAGUACCUUUAAGCUUUUGGGCGCGAAGGUACUCGACACACUGAGGGCAGCACUUGAAGAACCGAUUGCGAGCGAAGAUAAUUACGCGAUUAUUAAAGCAAAAGAAUUUUACAGAAGUUGCGUUAACACAGCACAAAUACGAAAGAUCGCCGAAGAUCGAUUAAAGAAAAUUUUAAAAUCAUUGGGUGGCUGGCCGGUCAUAGAAGAUAAUUGGCGCUUAUCGUCGCGCGCAAUUGAAGAAAUCUUGGGAAUAUUACAUAGAGAAUACAAUGUGCCAGUUUUACUCUCACUCCACGUCGGGGUUGACGACAAGAAUUCGUCGAUUCAUAUCUUAAAACUGGAUCAACCACCGUUGCCUUUAUACAGUAGAGAUGCUUAUUUAAAUUCGGAUGCAGAAAGGUCGCGGCGAGCCUAUCAUAAGUACAUGACUGAAACUGCUGUAUUGCUGGGAGCUAACCGUAGCACUGCUGCACAGGAUUUUGAGGAAGUGCUACAAUUUGAAAUUCAAUUAGCGAAUGCCACAUUACCGAAGGCAGAUCGACGUGAUGUGGGUAGUAUAUACAAUAAAUUAAAUGUAAUUGAUCUUCAAGAAAAAUUUCCGGAACUCAAUUGGGCGAUAUAUUUGCAAACGUUUUUGGGUCCUAAUACCCGAUUGCGUCUGAAAACUGAGUUUGUCGUCUAUGGCACGAGAUAUGUGAGUGAGCUGACAAAACUAAUAAGCCGAACGGAUAGAAGAGUCUUACAUAACUGUGUUCUUUGGCGCUUAGUGCGUACGGUUGUCGUAUUCUUGCUUGAUGAAUAUAAGAAGAAUUUAUUUGAAUUUCAUAGAGCGCUGGUAGGCAUGCGUGCCGAAGUAUCACGCUGGGGCCAGUGCAUAAUAUGGACAAAUAGAAAUUUAGGCUUAGCAGUUGGAGCUCUAUUUAUAAAAGACAAUUUUGACCCAAAGAGCAAAGAAAUAGCCUUCGACAUGAUUCGCAGGAUACGGGAGGCUUUCAUUGAAUUGCUAGAUGAGAACGAUUGGAUGGAUAAUCCGACACGAGCUGUGGCGAAAGAGAAAGCUAACGCUAUGAAUCAGCUCGUAGGAUAUCCCGAAGUUCUGACAAAUGUUACCGCCUUAGAAAACGUGUAUAAAUAUUUGACUAUUGUCGCCGAUGAUUUUAUGGAAAACGUUUGGAAUAUUCUUCGCUGGGAAGUCGAGAAGAAUCUACUGCUUCUAAGCCAAGCGGUAGAAAAAAAAAUAGUUCCAUUCAAUCCCACGGCAAUUAACGCCUACUAUGAUUUUCAUAAAAAUGAUAUCGUGUUUGCGGCGGCCAUACUGCAGCCAUUGUUUUUCAGUCAAUAUUUUCCCAAGUCAAUGAAUUAUGGCGGAAUAGGAGUUGUCAUAGGGCAUGAAAUAACUCAUGGGUUUGAUGAUAGAGGUCGACAAUUUGAUAAGGAGGGCAACAUGAUGCAAUGGUGGAAUAAUGCAACUAUUAAAGCAUUCCGUGCACGUACUCAAUGCAUCAUAGAUCAGUAUUCUAACUACAAAGUCGCUGAAGUUGAUAUGCAUUUAAAUGGACGAAUAACUCAAGGAGAAAAUAUAGCCGAUAACGGAGGCUUAAAACAAGCAUUUAGAGCCUACAAGAAAUGGGUGAAACAAAAUGGACCUGAACCGCUAUUGCCGGGUUUAAAUCUUAAACACGAGCAAAUAUUUUUUGUAAAUUUUGCUCAAAUGUGGUGCGAAUCCGAACGGCCCGAAUCUCUUAUGCUUGGAAUGGCCGUUGCUAAUCAUCCCCCGGGUGAUAUACGCGUUCGCGGCACCUUAUCUAACUCGAAAGACUUUGCUGAAGCAUAUCAGUGCAAGCCAGGUUCACCGAUGAACCCAAUCAAAAAAUGUAGUGUAUGGUGAACAAAACGGAAAUGACAUUUUUGACAAUUGCUUUGAAGCAGGCAUACCUUCUCUAUAUUAACUGUAAUUAACAAUGUACAAUUGCCGCUUAUCGUUAGUAAGCAUGUACAAACAUUAUAUUAUAGAUUUAAUAUAACCUCACUGAUCAUCUACGCAUGCACAUUAAUUUUGUAAGUAACCGAUUCUGCACAAAUUGACGGCAGGUUUCAAUAAUUGAAAGAAGUGACACUAAUUUAAAUAUCUAAAUACCUAGAAAAAGACGUAUAUUUACAAGUUCAACACAUUUGUAUAUAUAAGAAAAUUUUUAAGCUAAGCAGCCAUAGAUAGCACAAAACUCAAGAUCAUACAAUAUUAAAAACAACCGCAUCCGGAUAUAGAAAUGUACUUUUUAAUAGAUUUCACUCAGAUGUAUAUAUAUACAUAAGAUUUAUUUGACGAUCAUCGGAGACGGACUUGUGUUU